AGGCAGCAGGCUACAACAGCUAUCCGGAGAAUGAGAGCACACGCGCACACGUUGCAGUGAAAACAUUUUGAAGACACACAUAGUUUAGUUUUGAAUUUGCGAGGGAAAAAAAAACUCAAGGGAGCUAGCAAGUGAGAGAGAGAGAAGUAAGGGGUGUGCCGUAGCAAUUUAGUUCCUCAAGGAAGUACAAGUGAGCAUUAUCUUGAGACAGUGGUGGUGAGCGCUGACAGACGAGCAGCAGGAGGGUUCAACUUUGGAGUUUUAUGUACUUGCUAAAGAAAAUGAAGAAAGCGUAAAAAGUCAACCGUGCCUGCGUACGGAUUUAGAGAUAUCUGAACGAAAAGGAGGGAGGGGGACUUAUCUGAACAGGGCACCAUGGAAACGUUCAGCUCCAAGGACAUGGCCAUGAGGGCUCAGAAGAAGAUCCUGAGCAGCAUGGCCACCAAGAGCUCAGUGCAGAUGUUCAUAGAUGACACCACCAGUGAGAUCUUGGAUGAGCUGUACCGCGUGUCCAAGGAGUACUCCGGGAACAAGUCGGAGGCGCAGAAAGUGGUGAAGGACCUCAUCAAGAUCGCUGUGAAGAUCGGAGUCCUGUUCCGCAACAAUCGCUUCACACCAGAGGAGCUGGCCAUCGCUCAGGAGUUCAAGAGGAAGCUGCACACAGGAGCCAUGACGGCUAUCAGCUUCUAUGAGGUGGACUUCACGUUCGACCAUGCGGUGAUGACGGAGCUCCUGAACAGCUGCCGAGACCUGCUCCUGAAGCUGGUGAACACUCACCUCACGCCAAAGUCCCAUGGCCGCAUCAACCAUGUCUUCAACCACUACUCCGACCCCCAACUGCUCAGUAAACUCUAUGAGCCCAGCGGAGCCUUCAGACCACACCUCACCAAGAUCUGCAAAGGACUCAACAAGCUGGUGGAGGACGGGACAAUAUGACCCGCUACAAACACGGUCGUAGGAAUAAUAAUGGUCGGUUUUACACUGGGAGAAACCUCUGGAAAGUCUCACCGCUACUGAGAAAUCACUGGGGCUGGAAAUGGCAAGACAUGGGAUUGACCAAAUUAAUGUUUUGAGGUGAAACGUUCUAUUGAUAUUUUGCCUUAGACCAAAGGACUAAACUUGAACAUUUUGGUUCAUAGAUUAUAUGUUGUAUGAAUUUAUUUUUUGUCAUAACUACUGAUUUUUUUGGAAACCAUCAAAGCACAGACAUAACAGCAGUGAUUUUAUGGUAAUACAGCACUGCCAUCUGGUGGAGAUGUGUCAGAAUGGAACAUAAAAUGCAAUGGCAAUGGUUGAGAAGUACAUUUCUAUGAGUGAGGUAAAUAAGACAACACAAGUCAGUACUGUGUUAGUUAUUUCCAAAGCACAUACAUAUAUCUCUAUCAAUAUAACAAAGCAUCUGUGACACAAAUAUAUGUGUGUCCAUGGUUUUAAAAUAAGAGGAUUUUGGUCUAAAUAAGGACUACAUUAUAUACAGUACUACAAUAACAGCGGCCAUUUCACAGUGGCUCACCUCAUGUAGCCAUAUUAGCAUAAUUUAAAAGAGAGAUACAAGUAACUGAGUGGCUCUGACAGAAAAUGUUGUAUCUAAUAUAUAUUUUAAUGAGGAAGAGUUUGCAGUUGUGCUCAAAAGGGACAAAAGCUCAUAUGUGUAUUUAAAAUGGCAUUUCUCUAGCUGUAAUUUUCUUUUUAACUCAAGAAAAAAUGUGAUAGCAAUACUUUGUUUUAAUAGAGUAAAUACAUAAAAUGAUGUCAAAAUGUUGCGUAUCAAAUCCAGAAUAAUAAUGUCCAGUCCAUGUCCUCCACUGUGUCUCAAUCCCAAGCCAAAUGUGAUUGUGCAAUCAGAUUUGCUUUUUUUUUUUUUUUUUCCAGUGACACAUGUGAAACGAAGGAGCACAUUGGUCACAUAUGAUUUACAAAUAAUAUCAAAUUUAUCUCAUCUCAGAUUAAUAGAGUUUAAUGCUUAGCUCAUUAAUUUAGCAGAAAUUUGCAAUGUUUUUCAGUCCCCUGUGAUAUUUUAUUUCCUUUAUUUUUUUUCAAUAUGUAUGUACCAUGCGUGUCCCAGACUGGCUAAUCCACCUGUCAAUCACGCCCAUCUGAAAAUGGGGAGAUUCACUGGUGACCAGUCUCACAUCUUCAUAAAGUAUUGAAGAGGUGUGUAUUCCGGAUCCCAGACAAAGCAAAAUGUGUAAUUAAGGCAGAAUUAGACAAGGACAAUUUGGUCUCUAUGGGCUUUCCACUCGGACUGUUGAAUUUGAGGUACAUAUGACAUAUGUUGUCCAAGGUUACAGUAGCCUGCCCCAUAGCAAUAGCAGAGGAGUACAACCCAUUGAGUUAUCGCUCCUUACAUCUUGACUAAAAUGUGCAUUGCUAUAUUGGUGAAAUAAUUUUUGUCAUCUAAUUAGACACUUUUAUCUGCUUUGAAUACUUUUGCCUGUUACACUUACAGCCAUUGAACUCAAAAUUGAAACUGUGUGGUAGUUACACUGUAUUUUUCACUUUCACUAACUAGUUUAUUUUUAACAUUCUCUUUUUUAUGUUCACUUCCACCUCUGCUGGUCUGACUUCUGCACAACUUCCUUCCCCUUAAUGCUGAAAAUCAUCUCCCUCUAGUGGCCGCUGUCAGUAUAUAUGGUCCUGCCAUUACUUACAGCAAUUGUGAAUGUGUUUACUGUUUUCUGUUAUUCAAAUAUGCUAUGUGUGAUAGUAUGGUGUUACCCGAACAAGCCAAAUAACAAAAAAAAAGUUUUCAGAUAUUUUUUUAAUAAAUAUUCUAUGCAAAACUAAAACAGCCCAGUACAACAAUAAAAUCUGCUGUGAAAAUAUG